UUUUUUUUUACUAUGGAGUUCUUUGUCUUACGAGUUACUAGAAAAUAGAUAUGACUACCAUAAGAAAGAAUCCUUUUAUGCAAAAUACAAACCGGAUCUAGUUCAAUAAUACAAUGCAAUACCAUAAUCAACAUGGAUCUAGCCGGAGUGUCAAACGAUUUAGUAAGAACUACAAAACACAUCAAUUUUUUUUUCAUUCUUUUCUUUAUCAAUGUCACAACCUGUUUUUAUUAAAGAAGGCACACCCAAAACUGGCCUUACUGAAGGCAUUUCUUUAAACAACUGGCAUAUUACUAGUAAAAAAGCGUCUAUUUGUAGCUCAAAUGAAAUGGAAAAAAUACAAAAGGACUUUGGCCUUCCUCCUCCAGAGAUGGUGUUUGGCAAUAACCGCGUUACAGUACAGCAUGAUGACUUAAAGAUAGAAUUCAAUGCCUAUGAUGCACUUGCACUUGUAGACACUAGCUCAACCAGCAGCGAAAAGAUUAAAGUAGCUUAUUCGGACGAAUGGACUCGAAAAAGUUCUGCCAAUCAUACAGAUAUCAAAGAUGUAGUUAAGCCCUAUGACUGGACAUAUUCUACUUCAUAUAGAGGCACUACAAUGACUGUAUUCGAGACACAUGAAGAAGAGUCUAUGGUAGAUAUAGAGCAUCUUAAGAAACAAGAGCCUAUUUUGUUCUAUGAUGAAAAUAUCUUGUAUGAAGAUGAGUUAGCAGAUAAUGGUACUGCCAUCUUGACUGUUCGAUUAAGAGUCAUGCCAAGUUGCUUUUUAGUAUUACAACGAUUCUUUCUAAGAGUAGAUGAUGUGUUAUUCAGAAUCAAUGAUACAAGACUAUAUCAUGAAUAUGGCAAACCAUAUUUUGUACGUGAAUAUACAUCCAAAGAAGUACACUACAGCAAGAUUAGACAGAAACUUGGUAGAGGUGAUAUUUCUUUACUCAAUGACCAAAACUGGGUUACUUCUGUUAUGCCUCAAGAACCCACCAUAACGAUUAAAGAAAAGUUAAAAGUCUAGUUUUUAUAU